AUGAAAAGCAGCAGCAGCAGCAGCAGCAGCAAAGAUAAUAUGGGUGAAAGCAUGCAGAAGAACAUUACACCUGCAAAUCAAGGUAAUGAUGCUUGCAGAAAACUGGUGGUAGCUCAAAGCAUUAUUAAGGAGCAAUGAAAUUCUUGUAGACAAUUUCAUUCUGAAAUCAGAACUCUGUAAACACACGUCUCAUCUUAGUACAGUGGAUGAAAUUACUUAGAUGCCAAAUUAAUGCACAGUAAAUCUUCUGAAAAAUAAGGAGUUGACAGCAAAGUGUACAUCAAUUGUCUGAGUCCACCGUUUCUACAAUGGCCCACUACCCGAGGACCCCAGCUGCAGCUGUUUAUUAUUGUUUUUUAUUAUUAUUAUUAUUAUUAUUAUUAUUAUUAUUAUUAUUAAGGCCCUGCCCUUACUUUAUAAAAACAUAGUAAAACACCAAGCAUUAUGAGUCAUGAGGGCCCGGACAGUGUGUGUAUGAAUUUAACGGUGCUUAGCUUCUUUUUUAGAUGCUAUCCUGUUAAUGUUGUUACUAUCAUUUUCUACAUUAUAAAUGCCAUAUUGAUUUGUUGCUCAUAUAAUAUGACUGUAAUUAUGGUGUUUACCUUAUUUUUUAGUCGCUGCGUUGUUAAUAGUGUUUUGUAGAUUGCUAAUUUUUGAUUUAUUUGUGACAUUCUAUUAUGUUAUUGUUAUUUAUUGUUUGUAAGCCACUUUGAGAUUCAUGUCAGUGGAAACCAGCACAGAAAUACAGUAAAUCAAAUCAAGCAUUAGCAAAAUAUGGGGUUAUUAGGUGUUUAGGUAGCAGUUUAGCUUAAGACUAUGACUUAGGGGACUCAUCAACAGCUUGUUAAGUAAUUUGUUCAACAUAUAUGGGGCUAUUUACUAAGUUCUAACAACAGUGAGGCUCAUUAGGCAAGCCUGCUGGGAGUCCCAUGCCUGCAUAAGCUUACACUACUUUACUCUUCCCCAUGAGUUGACAUGUGUUGCAAUAAGCUCAUGAUGAUCAUCAGACAGAUCAAGAGCAGCCUUACAACGAGUCACGCAACAUAGUGUGGUCAACGUGCAGAUCUACCUCUCUUUCCAGUCCACUAAUCCCAAAGAGGCAGCGGAAAUCAUCUAUAAGUGUCUGGAAUCAGUUCUGGAAUAGAUGAGGGAUAAUAAACUGAAACUUAUUCCAACUAAGAAAGAUACGCUGUUAGGAAGCUUGCUGAUCUUAAUGAAGUUUAGUCCUGGGUAGGGUUGUAUUCCCCAUGAAUACAAACUAUCUAUAGUUUUAUCUAUGGAGAGGCAGGAAGCUUUGAAAACUGGAAUGCCUUUUACUAGCUUUGGCUGGUUUGCCAGAUGUGACCCUAUCUACACAAAAUACGCAGCAAAAAUGUACGUAGUAUAAACACUGACAACUGGGAAACACUGGCUUGCGAACACUCUAGUUGAAGAACAGUCUUUACCAAAGGUGUCAUGGGUUUUGAAAACACUCAAACUCAGGACGAAAGGGAGAAAUGUGCUAAGAGGAAGGCAUGCUUGGCAAAUCCACACCGUGAUCAACUCCUGACUGGAAACCCAUGUCUCCACUGUGGAAGGACGUGUGGAUCCAGAAUUGGCCUCCACAGUCACUUAUGGACUCACUUUGAAAACUGUGUUUAUGGAAGACAAUCUUACUUGGCUACGAGUGAUCGAAGAAGAAGAAGAAGAAGAAGAAGAAGAAGAAGAAGAUACACCUGAACUUAAUUACCCUAAUAUUCUGUGAAUGGAGCUGCAUGUGAAAACUGUUCAAAGGUACAGAAUGCAGCUGCCAGAAUUCUUCUGAGGGCAGUCAUUCAGACCAAGUCACACCGUUGCUCUGUCAGUUCUGAACUGGUUGCCUAUACAGUAUUGGGUUAAAAUUGAAGUGCUGGUUUUGACUUCUGAAGUGAUUUGGGAUCAGGUUACUUGAAGGUUUGCCUGACCCAUCU